AUCUGGUUUAGCUCGCUCUUUAUUCUAUUGAACUUAUUCCGAACGAUUUUCAACAACUUUAAUUUUUACUCUUUCAUUUUCGCAAAAUGUCCUUUAAGCCGAUUGAUCCAAAGCGCGAUGAGAUUCGUCGCUAUCUAGAACGCGGAAGCGUUCUGGAUUCACUGACGAAAAUAUUUAUACGUGUAAUUAAAGAGCGCCCAGAAAACCCAAUGGAGUAUAUAAGAAAUAACAUUGGGGUGGUACGACAUCAGCAUGAUAAAUACGAACGUCUCUCGCAGGAUCUACAGGAGGCAAAUGAAGAGAUUCAACGUUUACGUGCCAUAAUAAAUAGUAUUAACCCCGAUGUACUGCGGGGUCACGCUGCGCAAAUUGCCGGCGAAUCUGAUUCCGAGCCAGUCACAGCUACCGAACAAGUUGAAAACCCACUAAAAUCGGAGAAUAAUCAAGAUGUCCAUGAGAAUGUGCCUGAAGCGAAUGGUUUAGAUAACACAGCAGUGGCCAAAACUGAUGAAGCGGAAUUGAGUUCUACUCUUGACAAUUGUCACAUUGAAGAAAAAAACAUGGCUGCUACGGACACCACUAGCGACAAUAUAACGCAGACCACAUCCGUCCAAGCUGAACUCAGCCGUACUGACAAUGCCGAGUAAAUCACAAUGUUAAUUCGCUCAGCUAGUUCAUGGAACAUCCCAUUAAAAUGCAUUCUCAUAGAAAUGUUACCAGUUCGUAGGCCUAAAUAUAUAAAGUAUUUUCUUAACUGUUAAUAAAAUGUGCGUAAUUGUACGCACAAAUCCCUCAAAAUGGA